CUAUGGUGAAUUUAGACAGCUGCCAGACGUCAGUUGAGAAAUUUAGAUUAUACAAUUUAUAACCUAAAAAUUACUAAAAUAAAUUUUCGCAUUGGUUUUGAAUACAAUUUAUAGUAUAAUGAAUUCUUCACUUAUCGGAAAUGUGUUUCGAAAUAUUCCAAUACUUUACCUUCGCUCACAAAAUUGCAUAAACGCUGCCGCUGCCCCUGUAAUUAGAAGAUAUAUACACACAACAAACCAAAUGCAGGACUUGAUGGAUUUUUUUGACAAUAAGAAAAAUUGGAACGAAAAUAACAUAAGAGUUGGAAGAUCUUGGAGACUAGAUGAGUUGAGAAUAAAAUCUAAUUCAGAUUUACACAAAUUGUGGUUUGUAUUAUUAAAGGAACGUAACAUGUUGUACACUAUGGAAGAAGAAUACAAACAGAAAAUGCACUCGUUUCCGAAUCCUGAAAGAAUUGAUAAGGUCCAAGAGUCCAUGGACAAUAUUGAAACAGUAAUCCGAGAACGCAAUGUCGCUUAUUACAAACUCGAAACAGGUGAAACUGGUGAGAGACCUGUUGAGGAUGUUGUAAACCUUAUAGGCUUAGAAGAGAAAUAUCAACCAUCCGAAUACCACCUACCACAAUUUAUGAACACACGUUGGGUUAAGCCAUAUUUAGACCAUGGUUUCAUUAAUAGCAUGGCAGUAAAGAAGUUCAGAAGGUUGUACAGUGAGAAAUUACGAAACGAAGAGAGAAAAGCUCGCAACAGGGAUUUUAAUCAUGUGCAGCAUUUGUUGAAACGGUUCCCCAAUAUAGACAUGGAAACAUUGAAAGCUCAGUAUCCUACUGUGGAUCUUGAGAAAGCAAAACGCAGUAAGAAGUCACGAGGACAUUUUGCCCCUAGGUUUUAGAAAAUAAAAACUUAUGUAGAAA